AAAAGUAAAUGUUUUGUGUGUGUGUGUGUGUGUGUGUGGUUGAAAUGAGUUUGGGCGACAGGAGCGAGAGGUGGCGGUGGUGUCUGCGGCAGAGGAUGAGCGGCGGAGGGCGGAGGACGGCGGCGGCGACCCGGACCGCUACUCGGUGGACGAAGCACUGUCCUGGGCCGGGUUCGGGAGGUACCAGUAUUGGGUGCUGGGUUACGCUGGGCUGGGCUACCUGGUGGACGCAAUGGAAGUGAUGAUUCUUUCGUUUAUUGGGCCGAGCGUUAAGUCCAUUUGGGGGCUCUCUGAUUCGGAGGAAGGCUUAAUCACCACCGUUGUUUUCACCGGCAUGCUCGUCGGAGCUUAUUCUUGGGGCCUCUUCUCCGAUCAUUUUGGAAGAAGGAAGGCAAUGGCGAGUGUAGCCACGGUGACCGCCAUUUCAUCAAUCGCGAGCGCAUUUUCCCCAACUUAUACAACCUUGCUCAUGCUGCGCGCUUUGGUUGGUUCCGGCCUCGGGGGUGCAUCUGUUUACUUUUGUUGGUUUCUAGAAUUUGUGCCCCCACGAAACCGGGGCGCGUGGAUGGUUUUCUUCUCAGCGUUCUGGACACUUGGGGGAAUUCUCGAAGCUGUUUUGGCAUGGAUGGUUAUGCCAAGAUUGGGUUGGAGGUGGUUGCUUGUGGUGUCAUCAAUGCCAUCCAUUGCAGCAGUUGCAUUCUUUGGGCUAAUAGUAGAGUCCCCAAGGUACUUAUGCUCCAAGGGAAGGGUAAAAGAGGCACACAUUGUCUUACAAAGCAUAGCUGCAACCAACAAAACUAAACUCCCCACCGGGGUGCUCGGCUGCCACCAGAAAACCACUACUGCUGGUGUCACCGACACGCUGCUGCCUGACAACCUCGGUGUUGCUGCUGCUGUCAACCGGAGGGGCAGGUUUUCUUCUGCAUUUGCAAUUUUAUCACCCAAACUUAUGGGGACUACCUUUCUCAUAUGGACACUCUAUUUUGGGAAUGCAUUCUUGUACUAUGGGGUUAUACUAAUGACCUCACAGCUUAGCAGUGGCCAAACCAAAUGCCUCUCUACACCAGCCUUGAAUGGUGACUCUGAUAAUAACCUAUACAGAGAUGUCCUUUUCACCAGUCUAGCAGAGGUUCCUGGACUUGUUUUAGCAGCAACCCUUGUGGACAAAGUUGGUAGGAAAUUCUCUUUGGUGUUUAUGUUUGCAUUGGGCUUCCUCUUUCUAUUACCACUUGCUUUACACCAAAGGGAGACUUUGACAACCCUCUUGUUAUCCGGGGCCCGCAUGUGUUUCAUUGGAACGUUCACAAUCACUAGUAUAUAUUGUCCCGAGAUAUAUCCAACCACGGUGAGGAUAACUGGGGCUGGAGUUGCCAAUUCUGUAGGACGAAUCGGAGGGAUGAUAUGCCCUAUUGUUGUCGUUCAACUUGUCAACGGCUGUGAAAUAAUGUCUGCAAUACUUUUGUUUGAGGUUGUAUUGGUCGUUUCGGGGCUAAGUGUUUUGCUUUUCCCUGUCGAAACAAAAGGUCAUGGGCUUGCCGAUACAUUGGAUUCAUGAAAGCAAAUAUUGAUUUCGUGGCAGGAAACUAUUAGGAAGGUGAUUGUUGCUAGUCACAUAUUAGUGAUUUUCAUGUUCUGUUUAAGUGUGUACAUCAUUUGAAUCUCUGUGAAGUGCAACCAUAAUAAAUUUGGUUAACCAUGUAGAAUUAGAACAUUUGAACUUUAGUAAGAUAGAACCAACCAUUGUAAACAUUUGAACUUUAUCAAAUUCUGUCAUAUAGUAUUUCAUUAAAAGCAUGAUUUGUUC